GAAAACGAAGAGACGUAAAUGAGAUUAUCCAUCGUUGCCGGAAACGCCAAUGGAACCUGAUAUUCACCUUCACAAUACGGUUACCAACACCAUAAUCAUCAUAAUCACUAAAUCACGAAUAAUCUCCACAUCAACAUCAAUCCCCCUCACAGAUCGUUUACGGUGAGAGAUUGCCGGAGGAUAACAACAAUAUCAACAAUAUCAUUAUUAUUCAAAUCCCCUUCAUUCUCAUGCUCCUUCUUCCCCAAAAACCUAACGAAUUCAAUUUGAUUCAGCCGCUGAGGUUUUUCGGAGUGGAAUUAAUCGAUUACGCGGGUUAGGGUUAGGGUUUCAUAUGCACAAGUUGAAUUGAUUGAUUGAGUUUUAUGUAAGUGGUGGCCUCAUUGAGCAAAUGAGAAUAUCAUUGUCAUGAUGAGUGUGAUAACUGAUAAGGAAUUUGUUUGGUCAUGGAUUCGCCGGAUAAGUUAAGUAAUCUGAUUGGUAAUUUGAAGAAUUGGAUCCCUCGACGGUCUGAGGCUAAUGUGUCGAGGGACUUUUGGAUGCCCGAUCAGAGCUGCAGGGUAUGCUACGAGUGUGAUUCGCAGUUCACUUUGUUUAACCGAAGACACCAUUGCCGACUUUGCGGUCGAGUUUUCUGCGCCAAGUGUACGCAUAACUGGAUUCCUGCUAGGCCUAGUAAUCAUAUUAUUAUCAAUGAGGAAACGGAAAAGAUUAGGGCUUGUAAUUACUGCUUUAAGCAAUGGCAGCAAGGCAGAUUAGUUGCCUCUGCGGUUGCGGAUCAUGGAGUUCAGGAUCCGAAUCAGUAUCUUAGUACGUCACCGUCAGCCGCUAGUCUCGUCAGCACUAAAUCCAGCUGUACUGCUGACAGUAGCAGCAUUACUUUUGCUUCUGUCCCGCAAUCGAUCUGUUCGUAUAAUCAGUCUGCGGUAAUGGAAGCGAAUAUGGAUGAACAGAACGAACUUGCAUCGAGGAGCAAUGAGUUAUUGUUCGAUGUAGCCGCUCAAUCUCCAACCCACUAUGGAUACGUGAACAGGGGUGAUGAUGAAUUUGAUGAAGAAUUUGCUUAUCGGUUAGCUUCUGGUGGAAGACAUAUGUUGCCGAUGGAUGACGGAUAUUAUGAUGAAUUACAAAUGGACGAUACAGAUAACGAUUACGAAUCUUGUAAAGCUGUCGAUACAAAAAGUGCGAGCAGCUGUUCGUUACAAGCUAGUUUUGACGCAUCGCAACAGCUUGAGAAAAAAGAGGAUGCGAAUGAUGUUAGUGAUGAAUGUGAAGGGUCAUCAGCUAUGUAUGCAAAUGAUGUCGUACAAGACGUACCUGAACCUGUGGAUUUCGAGAACAACGGGGUCCUAUGGUUGCCACCUGAGCCCGAAGACGAAGAAGAUGAACGAGAAGCUCUGUUAUUUGACGACGACGAUGACGGUGAUGAUGGUGACGAUGCUGCUGGAGAAUGGGGAUACUUGCGGUCUUCAAGCAAUUUCGGAAGCGGGGAGUGUAGACACAGGGAUAGAUCAAACGAAGAGCAUAAAAAGGCCAUGAAGACUGUUGUUGAUGGACAUUUUAGGGCUUUAGUAUCUCAACUGUUGCAGGUUGACAAUCUUGUUGACAAUGAGGAAGAAUAUGAUAAAGAUAGUUGGUUAGAGAUAAUAACAUCUUUGUCGUGGGAGGCUGCGUCUUUGCUAAAACCUGACACAAGCAAAGGUGGCGGGAUGGACCCGGGUGGGUACGUUAAGAUAAAAUGUUUAGCUUCUGGGAGUCGUUCCGACAGUAUUGUGGUGAAAGGAGUUGUCUGUAAGAAAAACGUAGCUCAUAGACGGAUGACAUCGAAAAUAGAGAAGCCUCGUUUCUUAAUCCUCGGAGGGGCUCUCGAGUAUCAACGUGUUUCUAACCACCUGUCAAGUUUCGAUACUUUGUUGCAACAGGAAAUGGAUCAUUUAAAGAUGGCUGUAGCAAAGAUAGAUGCGCACCAGCCUGAUGUUCUUUUAGUGGAGAAAUCAGUUUCGAGAUAUGCACAAGAAUAUCUUCUUGCAAAGGACAUAUCUCUUGUUCUGAACAUCAAAAGGCCACUUUUGGAACGUAUAGCUCGGUGCACCGGCGCCCAGAUAGUUCCGUCAAUCGAUCAUCUUUCUUCUCAGAAAUUGGGAUGUUGUGACAUGUUUCAUGUUCAACGGUUCCAAGAAGAACACGGAACUGCCGGACAGGGUGGCAAGAAGCUGGUCAAGACACUCAUGUACUUUGAAGGCUGUCCAAAACCAUUCGGUUGCACUAUAUUACUGAGGGGUGCGAGCGGCGACGAAUUAAAGAAAGUAAAACAUGUUGUUCAGUAUGGAGUUUUUGCUGCUUAUCAUUUGGCUUUGGAAACUUCUUUUCUUGCUGACGAAGGCGCCUCACUGCCCGAACUGCCCUUAAACGCUGCCCUAACCGUUGCACUACCUGACAAACCAUCAAACAUUGACCGGUCAAUUUCAACGAUUCCCGGUUUUACCACCCCCACGAAUGAAAAACCUCAGACCACCGAGACACAGAGUGUCUCCAUGUCAGAAAUGUUCUCCAUCAUCAGCAACAAGCCCGAAAUCGGCCCAAUUGGCCCAAAUGAUCCAAAGGCUAGUCCAUACUUGCACUCUGUAGCUUCUUUGAAACUGAACAUUCCAGAAGGUACAUGUGGCGAUCUGAAUUCUGUGAAGACACCGAGAGACUUAGGUACCAUAGUUACAAACGGUUUUGAGCCUAGUGUGGACCGUACCACUUCAGACGGAGCGUUUCUCCAGUUGGAUGGAAAAAACGGCAAAGAGGAAUUUCCGCCUUCACCGUCUGAUAACCAAAGUAUUUUGGUGUCACUGUCAUCGCGUUGCGUGUGGAAGGGAACCGUCUGCGAGCGGUCCCACCUGUUUCGUAUAAAGUAUUAUGGCAACUUUGAUAAACCACUCGGCCGCUUUCUCCGUGAUGAUUUGUUUGAUCAAGGUUACCGAUGCAGAUCAUGUGAGAUGCCAUCUGAGGCACAUGUACAGUGUUACACACAUAGACAAGGAACCCUAACCAUAUCUGUUAAGAAGCUACCGGAAAUUCUCUUACCGGGAGAAAAAGAGGGUAAGAUUUGGAUGUGGCACAGGUGUUUGAGAUGUCCACGCACUAGCGGUUUCCCUCCGACAACUCGAAGAAUAGUGAUGUCAGAUGCUGCUUGGGGUUUAUCGUUCGGGAAGUUUCUAGAACUCAGUUUCUCAAACCAUGCUGCCGCUAGCCGCGUUGCAAGCUGUGGUCAUUCUCUCCAUCGUGACUGUCUUCGCUUCUAUGGUUUUGGGAAAAUGGUAGCCUGCUUUCGUUAUGCAUCUAUUGAUGUCCAUUCGGUCUACCUUCCACCUCAUAAACUUGAUUUCAAAUACGAGAAUCAGCUGUGGAUUCAACAUGAAGUAGAUGAGGUUGUUCACCGCUCAGAGCUAUUAUUUUCAGAAAUUUUUACAGCUUUAAGCCAGAUGGCAGAAAAGCGAGAGGUGAAAGUGCCACAAUCGAGACGACAGAUAGCAGAUUUGGAAGCUGUGUUACGGAAUGAAAAAACAGAGUUUAAGGGGUCAUUGCAAAAGAUUUUAAAUCGAGAAGUGAAAAAAGGGCAGCCGAUGAUUGAUAUCCUCGAGAUCAAUCGCUUACGUAGGCAGCUUCUUUUCCAAUCUUACAUGUGGGACCAUCGUUUAGUGUAUGCAUCUAGUGUCGAUACCGAUAACCCACAACUCGACCCGAAUUAUCCGGGAUCAGAACACGGUGAUAAACUGAAUGAAACGGUCCCCGACUCAAAAUCUGUUGCGGAUUCAUGUAAAGUCUCCGACGUUGGUGAAAAUGAAACGAGUGUUGUUUCAAGUCCAGUGGAAGCACACGAGUGGUCUGAUCCAUUAAUAUCGAAUGUAUCGGUCCGUAGGGCCAUAUCCGAAGGGCAGUUUCCAGUUCUAACGAGUCUGUCCGACACUCUAGAAGCUGCAUGGACCGGUAACCAUCCGAAUUCUUCUGGAUUAUCCGAUUUAGAUCUGAAUGUUCCAGAUAAGCUGGAAAAAGGAGACCGUAUCGAAGAAUCCAAAACAUCAUCGGCUUUAUCUCCUGUAUUAUCUACCAAAGGCUCUGAAACCAUGGAAGAUUCAACCGGCUGGUUAGGUGUACCGUUUUUAAACUUUUACCGCUCCUUGAACAAAAACUUUUCAACGACCGCUCAAAAACUCGACACGCUCAACGGUUAUAACCCUGUCUACAUCUCAUCUUUUCGGGAAUCAGAACUCCAGGGUGGGGCCCGCUUGCUUCUAGCUGUCGGCCUCAACGACACCGUAAUUCCCGUUUAUGACGACGAGCCCACAAGUAUCAUAUCCUACACGUUGCUUUCACGUGAUUAUAUUUCGCAAGUGUCCGAGUUUGACGCGGGUGAGUCAUCAACGUUACAGUCUAGUAAUUUUGAUGGGAUGUCGCUUGAAUCGUUUAAAAGUUUCGCGGAUGAUGGCAUUUUAUCAAUGAGCGGACCUCGUACCGCUUUGAUGUCGGAUCCUUCCUCGCAAACAAAAUUGUUGCAUUCCCGAGUUGAAUUUACGGAUGAUAGUCCUUCGGGUAAAAUGAAGUACACGGUGACUGUGUAUUAUGCGAAGAGAUUUGAAGCGUUAAGGAGGAUAUGUUGUCCUUCUGAAAUGGAUUAUAUACGGUCUCUUAGCCGUUGCAAAAAAUGGGGAGCCCAAGGUGGUAAAAGUAACGUUUUCUUUGCGAAAACGUUAGAUGAUCGGUUCAUAAUCAAACAAGUUACAAAGACUGAGCUCGAGUCGUUUAUUAAAUUUGCUCCGGCUUACUUUAAGUAUUUAUCUGAAUCCAUUGGUACCGGGAGUCCUACAUGUCUGGCAAAGAUUUUGGGAAUUUAUCAGGUUGUGAUUAAGCAUAUGAAAGGUGGGAAGGAAACGAAAAUGGAUGUGUUGAUUAUGGAGAAUCUUUUGUAUGGAAGGAAUCUAUCGCGACUUUAUGAUCUUAAAGGAUCAUCAAGAUCACGAUAUAAUUCUGAUUCUACUGGAAGCAACAAGGUUUUAUUAGAUCAAAAUUUGAUAGAAGCCAUGCCAACUUCUCCUAUUUUUGUUGGUAAUAAGGCCAAAAGAUUGUUGGAACGAGCUGUCUGGAACGAUACUGCUUUUCUUGCUUCGGUUGAUGUAAUGGACUAUUCCUUAUUGGUCGGGGUAGACGAAGAAAAACACGAACUUGUACUUGGGAUUAUCGACUUCAUGAGACAAUAUACAUGGGACAAACAUCUUGAAACAUGGGUGAAGGCUUCGGGUAUUUUAGGUGGGCCGAAGAACGCGUCUCCAACAGUAAUUUCACCAAAACAGUACAAGAAAAGAUUCAGGAAAGCAAUGACAACUUAUUUUUUAAUGGUUCCUGAUCAAUGGUCUCCGCCAACAGUUAUACGUAGCAAGUCCCAAACUGAUUUGUCUGAAGAUUAUUGCCAAAUUGGAACUUCUGCAGCUGCUGAUUGAUUCCGAAAAUUAGCUUUGCAUUGUAUAUUCUCAAAACGGUAUCGUUUUGCCCCAUUGUAAAUCUAUUUAUUUCUUUUUUGAAUUCAGGGUUCAUUUUUGAGCAUUGGAGUUAAUUCUGGGGUGUUAUAUUGUUUUAUUAUUUAACCAACCUGCAAAUAUAGUUUUUUUUUUGUUUUU